AUGGUCAAGACUGAAGAUGCAGCCAAGGCCUUCAACACUGAGCGCGAGCCAUGCAAGUGCACCUACUGUGGGAAGGUGGGACACACCGUCGAUCGCUGUUGGUCCAAGCAGAAGAAUGAAAGUCGAGGAGCCCGACGCGGCGGCAAUGGUCGUGGACGCGGGGCACACAAUGUCCAGUGGGGACAAUAUCGUGAUGAAGGCAGCGACUACGAUCAAGUAGCGUUUGCAGUUUCGCUAGAGUGUGGAUUCUCAGUGAAGAAGGACGUGUCCGGAAUGUGGGCCGUCGACAGUGGUGCAACACACCACAUAUGCCACGACAAGACCAAGUUUGCAAGACUGAACAAGCGCAACGACGGUGAAAUCUUGGUGGCGGAUGGAAACACAGUGGCCAUCAAGGGUGUUGGAACCAUCUUUGAAAAGGUGGUUCUGCCCAACGGUGAAGAGCGCGAGAUCGAGAUCAAGAACGUGCUUUACAUACCAAGCAUGAGCAAGAAUCUACUUUCGGUACCGCAGAUCAACAAGCACGGCAAGUUUCAAGUCGUGUUCGACGGGACCAAGAUGUUUGUCGCUCGCAAAGGAUCGCAACAAGUGGUGGAAACAGAAGAUCUUGUGGAUGGUCUUUACUGGCUUCACACAGCUCAUCGAUCGGCCAAUGCGACAACAAACGGAUGCAACGGUGUCGACUUACAUGCGCGGAUGGGACACGCUCCAGCUGAUGUGCUUCGCAAAAUGGUGGCCACGAACAUGAUCAAGGAUGUGAAGGUACCUCUCAUGUCAAAUGGAUCAAGCGCAUGCCGAGGAUGUCAACAAGGGAAAAUGGUCCAAAAAUCAUUCCCAUGCAACAAGGACAAGCGAAGAUACGACACCUUCGAGCUACUUCACGUCGACAUUUGCGGACCCAUGGAGAUGAAUUCUCUGGGUGGCAGCAAGUAUCUACGGCUGAUCGUUGACGAAGCCAGUGAAUGCAUGAAGGGCUUCUGUCUACGCGUGAAGUCGGAGAGUGAAAACUACAUCACACGAUACAUCAAGAUGGUGCAAGCGCAGUAUGGCUAG